AUGACUGGACGCGGCAAAGGUGGCAAGGGCCUCGGCAAGGGAGGUGCUAAGCGUCACCGCAAGAUUCUUCGCGACAACAUCCAGGGUAUCACCAAACCAGCCAUCCGACGUCUCGCUCGCCGUGGUGGUGUCAAGCGUAUCUCUGCCAUGAUCUACGAAGAGACCCGCGGUGUCCUCAAGUCCUUCCUCGAGUCUGUCAUUCGUGAUGCCGUCACCUACACCGAGCACGCUAAGAGAAAGACCGUCACCUCUUUGGAUGUCGUCUAUGCUCUUAAGCGACAAGGCAGGACCCUCUAUGGUUUCGGUGGCUAG